UGAGCUGCCACGUCCGUGUCCUGUCCCCCCAAAUUAUCCAAAACUUCUCUCCUUCUCCUCCGUCGCAUUCUUCUCCUUCCUUCUCGUCUUCAUUGUCACAAGAAUCUAGAUUCUGCUCCGACCCAUUUCCCAUUCUCCUCAAUCCUUACACCCCUUUUCAGCUGAAGGCAUUUCGUUGUCGCUGAGCCGGUAAAAAUGGCAGCUUUUGUGUCCUCUCUGCAGGCGAGAUUUCAAGGCACCUCCCUCUCGCCGCCGUCGCCGUCCCCUUCACCUCCUUCACCUUCGCUCCUUUCGCUAGUGAAAGCCCAGAACCACGUGCUCUGUUCCAGCAAAUCGAGCUUCUUUAGCAGCCCUCUGGGUGGAGGUUUUGCUCGGCCCGCGCCGCCGAGGACGAACCAUGUGAGGCCGUCUGUUGUAUGCAUGUCGUGGGACGGGCCCCUGUCUUCUGUCAAGUUGAUCAUCCAAGGCAAAAAUCUCGAGUUGACUGAUUCAGUUAAGAGCUAUAUAGAAGAUAAGCUUGGAAAGGCCGUGCAGAAGCAUAGCCACCUAGUUCGUGAGGUUGAUGUGAGAUUGUCGGUUCGAGGAGGAGAGUUAGGGAAAGGCCCGAAAGUCCGUCGAUGCGAGGUGACGCUGUUCACUAAGAGGCAUGGCGUGGUUCGAGCUGAGGAAGACUCCGAGUCCGUCUACGGGAGCAUUGAUUUGGUCUCAUCCAUCAUCCAGAGGAAGCUGAGGAAGAUCAAGGAGAAGGAGUCCGAUCACGGGAGGCACAUGAAGGGAUUUGAUAGGUUGAAAGUCAGAGAACCAUUUGCCCAAGUUGGCGAAGUUGACACCGGGGAAGUCUCUGAAGAUGAAGAUGAAGACUUCGCUGAUGAGAUUGUUCGGACAAAGUACUUUGACAUGCCCCCUCUCACGGUUUCCGAAGCAAUUGAGCAGCUCGAGAAUAUCGAUCACGCCUUCUAUGCUUUCCGUAACGAGGAGACUGGUGAAAUUAACAUCCUGUACAGAAGAAAAGCAGGAGGGUAUGGCCUCAUCAUCCCCAAAGGAAAUGGUAGAGCUCAGAAGGUGGAGCCAGUGGCUGUAGAGCCGGCUAAAGAACCCUCUUUUGCCGAAAACUAAGUUGGCAGUCCUUAUAUUGUGUAUGAUCGUAUCGCGUGGUUCCGAAGAAUCUGAGACUAUGAUAGUUGUAAAGGCCGUGAGUAAGCAGGAGAAAGUAGGCAGGUCCCAUUUUGGAUUACUUGAGGUUAGAUGGGAGUGGCUGCUUCUGUUUAAAUGGAAGAAUCGACCGGGACUGUUGAUGAACAUAUUGGUAUCUUACCUUGAUAAAGGCUUUCCCAAGUUGUUGUGAGAUCAAACAUGUGUAAAAUUGUCAGAUCAGACAUGUGUAAAGCUCUAAAAAUGUUGAAGUUAUAUAUUAGCUUCCAUUCAGGGCCUCCACAGUUA